UGAUUGAAUGCUUUUAAAACUGUCUUUCUUCCCCACUUUUCAUAUCUUCUUCUUCUUCUCUUCUUCAAUCCAACGUUCUAAGAAGAAAUGGGCCGAUUGUUCUUAGUAACCUUGGAGGGGAAGAUUUACAGUUGUAAGCACUGCAAAACCCAACUUGCUCUUUGCGACGACAUUGUUUCCAAGUCCUUCCAUUGCAGACAUGGGAAAGCUUAUCUCUUCAGUAAGGUAGUAAAUGUGACAGUUGGGGUAAAAGAAGAUAGAAUGAUGAUGACAGGAUUACACACAGUUGCUGACAUUUUCUGUGUGAAAUGUGGAUCAAUUGUCGGAUGGACAUAUGAAACUGCUCAUGAAAAGAAUCAAAAGUACAAGGAGGGAAAAUCGGUUUUGGAGAGGUUUAAGCUUUCUGGGCCAGAUGGAAGCAAUUAUUGGGUUAGUAAUGAAGCACAAAUUGGUCGAAGUCAACAAGAAAAUGUUUGAUGAUGGCAUUUGACAAUUGUAAAUUCUUACACCUCUUUUCAUCCUAAUGUUAUGAAGUUAUGAACAAGGUGUUUAAUGGUUCCUUGUUAUAUAA